CAAACGACGCGAUCGCUCGCAACUCCGAGGGUCUUCGCCGAGAGACUCCCUCUCCACCGGCUAUCAUCGGGGACUUGACCUGGUUCGACAGAAGCUUUUACUUCUGCCUCUUGUCGGGAUUAUUCCGUCCUUCGGCUUUCACGAACUGAUUGUGAGGCCGAUUCAGACUGCUUUGACUUAGGGUUUUGUUCCCCUAGAACUAGUACAAACCUAGGCAGGCAGUCAAAGGGCAGUUGCAGUAGACUUCACCCACAAAGUGGCCAUCAACAAUGGCAUCGGGCGAAGAGAAUGACCAGGACUUGUCGCAGGAGUCAGUAUCUGCUGAAGCCGAGCUCGCUGGCUCGACUGCGACAAGCUCCGUCCCACCCCAGGCCGACGAUGAAGCAUCCGCCUUGGCCGGUCUCACAGCAAACGUGCGCGACCAGGACGAGCUCGAACGAGACAUCACCAAGCAGGCCAACGAGGCACUGAUAGAUGUUGAGGAUCAGAAAGAUCAGAAACGCAUCAUCAAGGCCAAGGCUGAGCAGACCAAGCUUACCGACAAGCUGAACACGCUGAUCCAGAAGAAGGAUAGCGGCAAUCUCAGGCAUGCAGCCCUUCAGCGAGUCGAAGUAGACAUUGAAAAGGCGAGGAGCGACAUUGAUCAGAUAAACCGGGACAUCCUUGAUUUGAGUGAGCGCAUUGCGCGCAGACAUGCAGUAGAUGGCGAGAGCACCACGGCUGACGGCAAUGGUUCUCUCUCCAAGAGGCUGCCGAACGAGACGCAGCGUGAGUAUCUCAUCCGGACCGGAAAGAUCACACCUUUUGCCAGGAUCGGAAGAGACAGGCCUGCUGGAGUGGAAGGUGAUCUCGCCGACGCCAUUAUCGAAGCGGAGGAUGAGGCCGCAGCUGAAAAGUUGGAGAGCCUCGACGCACAAGCGCCACGAUCACAUCAAAACCUCCGGGCUCCCGGGUUUGCCAACGACGCCAAAGAACUCCCUGAAUCUGCCGUCGAGUCCGAGUUCUCUUUACGCCCCAGGAAGAAGCGCAAGAUACAGCAAGCCAGCAGCUCCCCUCGGGCUGGCUCAGAUGACGAUUUCAGACCUUCAUCGGGCCGCGCGUCUUCAGAAGAGGCAGAAGAAGCCUCAGAAGAUGGGUUUGACUUGGUUGGUGUGCUUUUCACUGAUCGAAAACGCAAGAACGGAGUCAAGAGUAGGUUGACGAAGGAUGGCGCAGUCGACCUUAGCGGGAUCGACGAUGGCAGUCCAGCCGUUUACAAAAGGAGACUUGACAUCUGGGUCAAGCGCAGAAGAGAAGCUCGUAUGCGCUACCAGCUAGCCAACGGGGCCACUGCUGAAGACGACAAGGGAGUAGAGGAAUGGUGGAAACCAUUGCCUGACCAGCCCGAUCAUCAUUUCGACAACGGCCUGAAGCUCCCAGGCGAUAUAUACCCUGCACUAUUUGACUACCAGAAAACAGGUGUUCGGUGGUUGGCCGAGCUCUACGAACAGAACGUAGGCGGUAUCGUCGGCGAUGAGAUGGGACUUGGAAAGACGGUACAGCUGAUAUCUUUCGUUGCUGCCCUACACUACAGUAAGAAGCUCAAGAAGCCUGUCAUUGUCGUCGCUCCAGCCACACUACUUCAGCAGUGGGUAAACGAGUUUCACAGGUGGUGGCCGCCACUGCGAGUCUCAAUUCUACACUCGUCAGGCAGCGGAAUGUAUGAUAUUCGGAAUGAGGGUCGCAUCGAGGACGACGACGACGGUUACUCCUCGGACGAGUCUACACAAAAGUCCAAGAAGUCCAAAGGUGCUGCUGCAGCAAAAAGAAUUGUUGACCGGGUGGUUGAGAGCGGCCACGUACUGGUGACUACCUAUGCUGGUUUACAGACCUACGGAGACAUCCUCAUUCCAGUCGAGUGGGAUUAUGCCGUGCUCGACGAAGGCCAUAAGAUUCGCAACCCGAAUACAUCAUUGACAGUAUACUGUAAAGAGUUGCGUACUCCCAACAGGGUCAUCCUUUCAGGAACCCCGAUUCAGAAUAAUCUGGUCGAGCUUUGGUCAUUGUUCGACUUUAUCUACCCCAUGCGUCUUGGGACUUUGCACGAAUUCCGAAAUAACAUCGAAAUUCCUAUUAAGAUGGGUGGCUACGCCAAUGCUACGAAUCUCCAGAUCAUGGCUGCCCAGAAAUGUGCAGAGACGCUUAAGGAUGCCAUCAGCCCUUACCUUCUACAACGCGUCAAGGCUGAUGUUGCCACAGACCUCCCUAAAAAGAGCGAGCAGGUUCUCUUUUGCAGGUUAACAGAGUCGCAACGGCAGGCUUACGAACAGUUUUUGGCUUCCCAGGCUAUGGAUCAGAUCCUGAGCGGUACCAGGAAGUCCUUGUUUGGUAUUGACUACCUCAGGAAAGUCUGCAAUCAUCCUGACCUUGUGGAACCCAGCCUCCGCAAUGAUCACCACUACAACUGGGGUAGUGCCAACAAGUCUGGCAAGAUGCAAGUUGUUAAAGCGCUCUUGCAAAUGUGGAAGAAGUUCGGGCACAAAACCCUUCUUUUCUCGCAAGGCACACAGAUGCUUGACAUCUUGGAGGAUUUCGUAAGGAAACAAGAUGAUAUCACCUACCUAAGGAUGGACGGCAAAACAGCCAUCAAGGACCGACAAGCCAUGGUUGACCAGUUCAACAACUCUCCUGGGAUCGACCUGUUCCUGCUGACUACCAAGGUUGGAGGCUUGGGAACGAACCUUACGGGGGCAGACAGGGUCAUCAUCUACGAUCCAGAUUGGAAUCCCUCGACAGAUGUGCAAGCGAGAGAGCGUGCUUGGAGGCUUGGACAAAAGAAGGAGGUUACUAUCUACAGGCUGAUGACCGCGGGAACAAUCGAGGAGAAGAUAUACCAGCGACAGAUCUUCAAGCAGUUUCUGACAAACAAGGUGCUCAAGGAUCCAUCUCAACGCACGGCUUUUGCGACAAUGAACGACUUGCACGACUUGUUCACGCUUUCAUCCCACGAAAAUGGCAAAACCGAGACAGGAAAGAUGUUCCAGGACAGCGAGGUCAAGACAAAAGGCGGAGGUGUGAACGUGACACAAGGUGCCUCCAAGGUGAUUAUACCAGGUUCAGACUCUUACCAUGUCCCAUCGCAUCCAGCCAUGAACUCGGAAGGCAAGAGUGAGCACCCCAAGGACGAUGAGAAAGAGUUGAGAAACAUCGCUGGUGUGGCAGGCCUCGAGGAUUUUAAAGACGAAAAUGAAGAGAAGCCAAAGAAUGAGGAAGAUCGGAUCAUGCAGGGGAUUUUUUCGAGGUCCGUACACAGCACAUUGGAACACGAUGUGAUCAUGAACGAGUCUGGCGGGAGCAAGAAGCCCCAAGCCAGCCGUGAGAUGCUCAAGAAGGAGGCAGAGCGGAUCGCCGCUGAUGCAGCAGCCUCGCUUCGCCGCGCAGCCGAGCGAGCACGACAUGUCGAACCAGGGCGUGUGACGUGGACGGGAGAGGUUGGUGAUGUCGGGAGGCCCACAGCGCCAAACAUGAGGCGUGGCCGCGGAGGGGGACCAAGUUCGGGGUCGAUAGUACCGGGGCUUGCAGACCGGCACGGCAUAAGCGCUGGUGGGAGGGGGUCGGGGUCAUCGUCGCGCUCUGGCACCCCUGGUAUUUAUGCAACAAACGACUUUAUGCGGAUGAUACCGCCGUUCAUCAGGCGACACGGCGGUCAGGCACCAUCGAAGACGCUGGUGGACCACUUCAACCAGUACUGCACCGGUCCCAAGCAGUCGGCAGAUUUUAAGGAGGCAUUGCAUAAGGUAGCGGUAUUGGACAAGUCCGGAUCGACGAUGCGCGGGAUCUGGAAGCUCAAGCCUGAGUACAAGACGACAAACCCCAGGGUUUGAGACAAGGUUGUGAUAUGUAUGUAAAGAGUCGGGGGGUGUCACGUUCUGUUGUAACGGCUGCAUUUUGGCGCUGUUGGCGGAUAGCAAGGCGUUCUUGGCAUGGUUUAAAAUAACGUUUAAAUAGGACUUCCCUUGGACAACAUGGCAAUGGCUUCACAAAUAACUUCAGAUCGGCAGUCUGUAGGGAUAUUCCUGAACUGACGUCGCACUGGAUUGACGGUGGUUAUCUAGGCCGCGGGUGGGUAUCAAGGUUCAUUCAACCAUCAUGGUGAUUUUUAUCUAUCUUUUGAUUUCCGCGGUCGUGCCAACAGACAUCAUGUGACCAGGAAUGUUUGAUAUUUGGAGACCAGGCAAGUCAAUGCCGUCCUCCUCGUAAUGGUCAACGCCGCAAAGAAGUUCCAAAUCCCAACAAAGCCAUAAAACCAACCAAGAUCCUUGUGCAUCCCAUCCGUAAGCUUUUUUUUUGUUCGUU